AUGUGUCUUAAGGAGGGAUUAGGUCAAUCAGAGUUUCACAUUCUCGUAGCGUCGUCCAGCCCGCGCGGGCUUUAAUGGUAAACCCUUAAAGUUUUCUGAUGAAAGAAGAAAAAAAAGAAGACAAAAUAACUCUGUGGAUAUUUUUACGCUGCGCACGAGGAAAAGCUGCGGAGAUUGAUAUGAGGCUUUGGGUGGGUUUGUUUUAACUUUACGAGCGCUCAGUUCGAGCGCGAGCUGAUGUGCUAACGGCUAACGAGAAGCUAGCUGUUUGAAAAGUUUACCGAAACCGAGCAGGAAUUAGACGGACCCAUGACGACGGGUGAAGGCGUGAAGCACUCCCCGGUCCUGUCGACCCUGUUUAGAAUGAUGGACGACAACGAGCUGGAAGGAGCCUCGGAGUUUAUCAAAGACCGACUGUACUUUGCCACGUUACGAAGCAAACCCAAAAGCACAGCAAACACGCACUACUUCUGCACUGAUGAUGAGUUUCUCUACGAAAAUUUUUAUGCAGACUUUGGGCCUCUGAACUUGGCCAUGCUCUACAGAUACUGCUGCAAGCUGAACAAGAAAUUAAAAUCAUUCACUUUGACCAGAAAGAGGAUAGUUCAUUACACCAGCUUUGACCAGAGGAAGAGAUCCAAUGCGGCUGUGCUGAUCGGAGGCUAUGCGGUGAUCUAUCUGAAGAAAACUCCACAAGAAGCCUACAGAGCUCUGACCUCCGGAUCCAACGCCUCCUACCUGCCUUUCAGGGAUGCCUCCUUUGGGAAUUGCACCUACGAUCUUACAGUGUUGCAAUGUCUGCAAGGCAUCAAAAAGGCUCUGCAGCACGGCUUUUUUGACUUUGAGACGUUCAACGUAACCGAGUAUGAACACUAUGAGCGUGUGGAGAAUGGAGAUCUGAACUGGAUUGUCCCGGAGAAGUUCCUGGCCUUCAGUGGACCUCAUCCUAAAACUAAAAUAGAAAAUGGUUACCCUUUGCACGCCCCUGAGGCUUAUUUUCCCUAUUUCCGAAAACACAACGUGACCACCAUCAUCCGACUGAACAAGAAGAUCUACGAUGCCAAACGCUUCACCGACGCCGGCUUCGACCACUACGACCUCUUCUUUGUAGACGGAAGCACGCCUAAUGACAUCAUUGUACGCCGCUUUCUGCACAUCUGUGAGAGCACCCAAGGGGCUGUGGCCGUCCACUGCAAAGCUGGCCUUGGCAGAACAGGCACUCUGAUUGGCUGCUACCUGAUGAAACAUUACCGCUUCACAGCAGGGGAGGCCAUUGCCUGGAUCCGGAUCUGCAGACCGGGUUCUGUAAUUGGCCCCCAGCAGAACUUCCUGGAAGAGAAGCAGGGGGCGCUGUGGUCGCAGGGCGACAGCCAGCGCUUCCAGAAGGUGAAGCUGGAGGACAAAGGAAUGCCCCACCUCAUCUCCAGCAUGGAUGAGCUGUCGCUAAACUCCAGCAGCCAAAGCAACAUGAACAGAUCGCACAGCUCCGACCAUCUGCAGGAGAAUGACCUCACAGAUGGUGGCUCAGGUCUAACGCAGGGAGACAAACUAAGAGCGCUGAAGAGCCGGCGAUCUCCUCGCCUAUCUGCCACCGGGCCACAAAGACUGGAGGAGGUGAGGCUCUCGGGUCACUCAGCUUCACAGCCGCUCAGGCUCUCUAUGGGUGGAGGUCAGGGCUCCUCCUCCCCCCUCAAGUCUUCAAAAUUCUCAGCAUCCUCCUCCUCCUCGCCUGCAGCAAAGAGAAUCGGGAGACUCUCCUCACCACCAGCAGUUAACCCGAGGAGCUCAGCUCUCAGCUCACGAUUGGCCAGUUCUCUGAGCGAUCUGUACGCCGCCGACAUGGAGGACAGAAAGAGCCCCUACUCUCCGCUUUCGCCCUCCUCUCCCUCUUCUUUGUCCAUAACCCCUGCCCCUUCCUCUUUGGCCCCGCCCUCUUUGUCUUGCUAUGCUAACGGACCUCGCUGUGUGAAGCACGAGAUAAACAACAACAGCGGUCCAUUUGUUGGCUCUGUGGGGCCUCCCGCUGGGAAAGGCUUUGUUCGAUCUGGGCUGCAGGACUUCAGCCCUUACAGCAGCCGCGGGCCCUACAGCCCCAUGAAGGGCCCCUCAGGACGCUACCUGAGCCGCUCCAUACCUUCUCUUCAGUCUGAAUAUAUCCAAUACUAAAAGAAAUCGAUGAUGUAAGGACCCCCAGCCCCGCCCAUUUGCUAUACCCAGACGCUUAAAGGGAAACGGAUAAACCAGCGAGAGUUCGACUCUCAGGACUGAACCUCCUCUAUGUGCUGAUCAUGUAUAUACGAAAGAGCUGCUUGUAAAUAUGUCACAGAUGUUUAACAACUCUUUGGAAGAGAGAUUUUAUAUUUGUGAAGAAGAACUUGUUCUUGUUUUGAAGACCUUUUAUUAUAUUUUUUCCUUUUGAUAAAAGGAUACCUGGCUUUGUUGUCAUGGUUACAGUAUUUCUUCUGGUCCCUGAUCAGUCGACAAGCAGACUUUGUCUUUUUGGAUGAGACUGAUCCAUGUUUGACUCUAAUCAACUGCAAUAACAAUUAACGAAAAAGGGAGCCACAAAAAAAGUCGGCCUCUAAACUCAGGGGAUUAACAGGAGCAUCGGAUGGCCUUAAAGGAACUUUGUGCAACGACUCGGGCAACCUUUGACCUCUGCAUUGUCAAAGACUGAAUGUAAAACCAUGGGUUUCAGCCUCGCUGUUGGACUGUAGAAUGAAAUGAUGGUCUCCACCAUCUCCACCUAUUGUACGACCCUGACUCGGGUCCUCAAACAUCACAAGGGAGCCACCAAGUUGUUCAUCUACACUCAAGACUACGUAUUUAGCCCAAGUUGAAACAUUUUUAUUUAUUUUUUUAAGAGUUUUUACAGUCCAAAUAUUUAAAAACUUGACGUCGAUUUGGGCAUCCACAAAGGAUGAUGGACUUCUGACUGAUUUUUUCAGAAAUAUUUAGUUAUUUUCAAGCGUCAGCUGUUGGCUUUCAGCAUAAACAGGUGAUGUCUAAGAAGGACAUGCAACGCUUGACCUCGGGCUUGAAGUGCCUUCAACAUUUCCAGCAGAGCUGUGCUGGGAUGUGAAGCUGCAGGAAAGGAAGACUUUUAUUUUGGCGUUGACUUCCUGAAGUUUAAUCUGUUGUUUUAAAAAUGGAUCCUGUAUUUACGGUCACACUGAAAUCUAUUUAGGGAGAAUAUAGGUGAAUAUAUAUUUUCUUCUGAGAGCAAAGCUUCUAUCUGAGCAAUAACAAUAAAAUAAUAAUGAAUCAGA